AUGGCUGGUUGUCUGCAAAGCUCCAAACUUUGUAAAAAGCAGUCAUCUUUUAGAUGUCUGCUUCUUAUUUUUUCGUUCGCUUCCUGUUUUUCCACGGCGCUCUCUCAAUCGUUUGAUCAAGCUCACCUGUAUUACCACAGAUCUCGACCUAAUGAAGACAAUAUCAUCAUUGCUAACAAUGAGAUCAGGGUGCCUUUUGGGAGGUCUGUGUUUUUGGACCCGAUCAAUGACCUGGUAACUGAAGUGCAGCCUGGGGACCGUUGCCACAUCACAGUUUUGGACAAUGACCCACUGGCCCAGAAGCCGGGAAUUUUGAGCCCAAAAAAGUUCCCUUGUACCUUUGGAGCAGAUGAAGUGAAAUACACUCAUUUUGGAUCUCGGAGCCCCAGUCAGGAUCGUGUGAAGCUACAGCUUCGUUAUGACUCCCAGACAGACACAGUUAUCAUCCCUUUCAUGCUGGAAGUGGAGGUGGUAUUCCAGCAGCUUGAGAUUGUGACAAGGAAUAUGCCUCUCAAUGUUGAAAAGCUGAACGGGGACAGCAACCCCAUUGACAAAAAGGCUCUGGAGUUUUCCUAUGAGGAGGGUGUCACACAGUGCAAAAUAUCCACUCUUGUCGGCGCUGGAGGUGUUCCCAGGUAUGGCACUCUUAUGAAUGGCCCCACCAGUGGCCAGAUGGUUGAUUGUGAUGAGUUUGUAAAACUGGGCGUUCGCUACAAACACACCGCUAAAACCGAUUCACCAAACAGAGACUUUAUUCCCAUGAUGGUAGAGCUGCAGGAUAAUGAUGGCAACACAAUAAUGCAGGAGCAUUUCCAAAUGAUGGUUAGAAUUAGAGAGGGUGCAGAGAACACUGCCCCUAAACCCAGCUUUAUAUCCAUGAUGAUGAUGGAGAUUGAUCAGUUUGUGAUGACAGCUAUUACAAGUGACAUGCUGGCUGCUGAAGAUGUUGAAUCUGACCUAGAUGAUCUCAUUUUCAAUAUUACCUCGCCACUGAGCUCUCAACAGGGUUAUAUCAUCAGUACAGAUGAUCAAAACCUCCCUAUCACAUCUUUCUAUCAGAGGGACAUAAAAGAUCUAAAGAUAGCUUACAAGCCGCCAGCAGAGGACUCAGAACAUGAGAGAAUAUUCCAGCUUGAGUUUGAGAUUGUAGAUACUGAUGGUGCAGUGUCUGAUCCAUUUGCAUUUAUGAUUGUGGUUAAACCGAUGAACACCUUGGCCCCAGUUGCAACUAAAAAUACUGGACAGUUAUUAUUUGAAGGGCAGUCCAGAGCUCUCUCAAGCUUGCAGAACUUAGAGAUUAGUGAUGAAGAUAACCUGGAAGAUGUGAGAAUUACAGUUGUUGAUGGGUUAAAGCACGGAGACCUCACUGUGCUUGGGGCACGCAGGAAAUUCUUCACCCCCGCCGAUCUAGACACUGGCAUUGUUGUGUACCAGCAUGACGGUAGCGACACCUACAGUGACAACAUUAUUUUUAGAAUGACUGAUGGAAGUAAUGAAGUGGAAUUUUUGUUCCCUAUCACUAUUGCUCCCACUGAUGAUGAGCCCCCUAUUAUUAAUGCUAACACUGGCCUGGUGCUGUUCAAAAAUGAAGUCAUGCAGAUCUCACCCUUCAUUCUGAGUGCUACAGAUAUCGACUCGGAAGACUCCUCAAUUAAAUUUAUCUUGGAAGCACCAUACUCCAAACUGGGAGAGCUCCUGCUUAGGCAAGUUGAGCCACCUACUGACCCCACUCAAUGGAAGUUCAGUGAGACAGAUGAAAUGUUUGAGCAGGUGGUGACUGAGUGGUUUCAGCAGGAUAUUCUUGAUGGAAAACUGUUUUAUCGCCACACUGGACCGCAUAGCACCACCACUGUGAUUGAUCAGUUUGUGUUCCGCGUGCAGGAUGACAAUGACCCUCCUAAUCAAUCAGGUGAGCAUAUGUUCACUGUUAAAAUCCACCCUGUUGAUGACGUUGCCCCAGAGCUUUUCCCAGGAACCACCCUUAACAUGACAGUUCAGGAAUAUGAGCUAACAUUCUUCAGAAAAAAAUUCUUGUGUUAUACUGAUCUGGAUUCAGAUGACAGAGACCUGAAAUACUCUAUCACCAAAACACCAACCGACACAGAUGAGAACAAUCCAGCACCUUUAGGUGAAAUUGUACUUACUGAAAGCCCUGACACCGUAGUUACAGAGUUCACACAAGCUCAGGUUAAUCACCAUAAAGUAGCUUACAAGCCUCCAGACCAGGAGCUGGGAAUCACUCCAAAAGUGGCUCAGUUCACAUUCACUGUGGAGGACACAGCUGGAAAUACAGCAGAUGGGCAAUUUACCAUUUUCCUGCAGCCAGUUGACAACAAACCACCAAUUAUCAUCAACACUGGCUUCACUGUUAUGGAAAGAAGUGCUUAUAUUAUUACCAGAAAGGAGCUGGACGCCUCUGACACAGACACAGAUGAUGAAAAUAUUAUAUUCACCUUGACUCAGAUUCCUCACUAUGGGCAGCUACAGUAUUUAGGGAUUGUCAUGUCAAAUGGGGAAACAUUUGUGCUCGAAGACAUUACCAGAGGCCACCUCGCUUACAUCCACGGAGGACAGGAAUCCCUCAGUGAUAUGAUCAAACUUGCUGUAAGUGAUGGCUUCCAUGAUGUGCCCAUUAUUGUUAGGAUCAAUAUCGAGCCAGUUGAUGAUGAGACUCCAACAAUUAUGCUCCCAGCUGGCCUGCUUGGAGCCUCUAUUGAUGUGUUGGAAAAUGGAGCAACAGAGAUUACAAGUAAUGUCAUUCAGGGUCGUGAUGAAGACACAGAUGACCUUAUGCUGACCUUUAUUGUUGAGGAACCCCCCAGGCUGGGUGAAAUCCUGGUCAAAGGAGUUGCAGCUGAGAGAUUCACUCAGGAGGACAUUAUCAAUGGGAUGGUAGUAUAUGCUCAUACAUCCGGCGAAAUCGGUCCAAUCAAAGACCAUGACUCUUUCAACCUAACUUUGUCUGAUAUGUCUGAUCAGUGGGUUGUGGGGGGCAACAAGGUCCAAGGUGUAACAGUUCACGUCACCAUCCUUCCUGUUGACAGCAUUCCACCCGUUGUCAGUGUUGGUGGGCAGUUUGUUGUGGUGGAAGGGGAAAAGAAUGUCAUUACCUUUAACCACAUUCAGGCUGAGGAUGUUGACACCAAUGAUGACGAUAUCUUGUGCACCAUCAUUUCCCAACCAACAUCUGGCUAUGUGGAAAAUAUCUCCCCAGCAGCUGGCUCUGAGAAAUCAAGGGCGGGAACGGCCAUCACUGCCUUUACCAUAAAGGACAUUGGCCUCGGUCAUAUCUAUUACGUCCAAAGCAUUCACAAAGGUGUUGAGCCUGUGGAAGACCGUUUCACCUUUCGCUGCUCUGAUGGUAUUAACUUCUCUGAACGACACUUCUUCCCCAUAGUCAUUAUUCCAGCCAAUGAUGAAAAACCUGAGAUUUUUGUACGCGAGUUUGUGGUGCUGGAGGGUAUGAGUCUCAUUAUUGACAUGCCAAUUCUAAAUGCUGCUGAUGCUGAUAUCCCUGGCGAUGAACUACACUUUGAGAUCAUCAAAAACCCAAAGCACGGUGCGAUAGUUCAGCAGCUCAGCACUGGCACGAUCCCCGUAGUUAAGUUUAAUUUAGAGCAGAUCAAAGAAGCGUCCAACAUUGUCUAUGAACACGAUGACUCUGAAACCAAAGAAGACAGUUUUGAGGUCAGGUUGUCUGAUGGCAAGAACAAAGUCGAAAAAACUGUUCUAAUCAUGGUUAUUCCUGUUGAUGACGAGACACCAAGAAUGACUAUAAAUGAUGGGCUCGAUGUUGAGAUUGGAGAGACAAAACUAAUCAGUAAUAGGAUUCUAAAGGCAACAGAUCUUGACUCCGAAGACAAGGAACUAACAUAUGUUGUGCGUUUUGGCCCUGGUCAAGGAUACCUUCAGCGUAUCAGCCAAUUUGGUGAUGUCUUAGGGAAUAUAACCCUGGGAAUGAAUUUCACACAGGAUGAAAUUGACAAGCAACUUAUCCAGUAUGUACACACAGGCCAAGAGGGAAUCCGUGACCUGCUCAAAUUUGAUGUCACAGAUGGUAUCAACCCACUGAUAGACCGUUACUUUUACAUCAACAUUGGAAGCAUUGACAUAGUUUUCCCAGAUGUCAUCAACAAAGGUGUGACCCUCAAAGAAGGGGGAAAAGUCACUCUUACUACUGAUCUCCUCAGCACUACUGAUAUUAACAGCCCUGAUGAAUAUCUCAGCUUUAGCAUCACAAGAGCACCCAGCAGAGGACACUUAGAGUGUACUGACUACCCUGGUGUUCCUAUUUCCACCUUCACACAACUGCAGCUCGCCGGUAAUAAAAUCUACUACAUACACACGUCCGAUGAUGAGAUGAAAAUGGACAGCUUUGAGUUUGAGGUGACAGAUGGCUACAAUCCAGUUUUCAGAACUUUCAGAGUGUCUAUUACUGAUGUUGAUAACAAGAAACCUGUCUUGACCGUCAACAAGCUGGUUGUGGAGGAAGGAGAAACUAAGCUCAUCACGCCAUUUGAGUUGACUGCCGAGGACCGGGACACUCCUGAUAGCCUGCUGCGCUUCAUAGUCACACAGGUGCCGGUUCACGGCCAGCUGCUUUUCAACAACUCCAAGCCAAUCACAAGCUUUACCAAGCAGGACCUGAACGAGAACCUUAUCAGCUAUAAGCAUGAUGGGACUGAGACCAAUGAAGACAGCUUUUCUUUCAGUGUCACUGAUGGCACUCAUACAGAUUUUUACAUCUUUCCUGACACCGUAUAUGAGACACGCAAGCCUCAAGUGAUGACCAUUCACAUAAAUACAGUGGAUAAUGGUGUGCCACAGAUUGUUGUUAACAAAGCUGCUGCCUCACUGAAAGUCCUUCAGACAGGGCACCUAGGCUUCAUUUUCACCAGUAAAGUCCUUCGAUCAGAGGACAGAGACAGCCCUCAGAAAGUUCUGAAGUACACAGUGUCUGAGGCUCCACUGUACGGCUUCAUCAUGAACGCUGCGCUGGGGAAUGACAGCAUCACGACUUUCACACAAGCUGAUAUCAAUGAAAUGAAGAUCUGUUACGUGCUGUUGGAUCAGAGUAACGCCACAAGUGACAUCUUCUAUUUCACAGUCGAAGACAACGGUGGAAAUAAACUAAGACCUCAACCAUUCAGACUAAAUUGGGCCUGGAUUUCUCUGGAACAGGAAUUCUACUUAGUAGAUGAAGAUGCCAAAUUCCUGGAGGUGAAGCUGAAACGCAGAGGCUACCUGGGAGAGACCUCAUUUGUUAGCAUUGCAACUAAGGAUGGCACAGCAAAAGCCGACAAGGACUUCCGUGGCAAAUCUCAGAAGCAAGUCCAGUUCAACCCAGGGCAGACUACAGCUGCCUGGAGGGUGAAGAUCUUCACAGACCAGGAGUUUGAGACCUCAGAGACGUUUGAGAUACAGCUGUCAGACCCAGUCAUGGCAGUGCUGGAAUUUCCUGACUCAGCAACUGUGGAGAUUGUGGACCCUGGGGAUGAAUCAACCGUCUUCAUCCCUCAAGCAGAAUUCAAGAUAGAGGAGGACAUUGGGGAACUGUUGGUGCCGGUGAGGCGUUCAGGAGAUGCCAGCCAGGAACUUAUGGUCGUUUGUUACACUCAUCAAGGUACAGCCACUGGCACAAUACCCAGCACUGUUCUGUCCUACUCCGACUAUAUAACCCGACCAGAGGACCACACCAGUGUUCUGCGUUUUGACAAGGAUGAAAGAGAAAAAGCCUGCCGCCUCAUUAUCAUUGAUGAUUCCCUGUAUGAGGAAGAGGAGAGCUUUAAUGUCAGCCUGAGUAUGCCGAUGGGGGGCCAAUUGGGUGCCAAGUUCCCAUCAGCCAAAGUCAUCAUUUUGGCAGACAGUGAUGAUGAGCCUUCACUAUACUUUGGUGAGCCUGAGUAUGCUGUGGAUGAGAGUUCAGGCUAUGUUGAGGUAAAGGUCUGGAGGACAGGUACUGACCUGUCCAAGACUGCAACUGUAACAGUCCGCUCCAGGAAGAGUGAGCCUGUUUCUGCAGAAGCUGGACUCGACUAUGUUGGUAUUAGUCGCAACCUGGACUUUGCUCCUGGAGUGACGAUGCAGACGUUUCGGGUUACCAUCCUGGAUGACCUGGGCCAGCCAGAGCUUGAAGGACCUGAAACCUUUGACCUUGUUUUAAGGAUGCCCAUGAAUGCUGUGUUAGGCGAACCGAGCAAGACCACCAUCACCAUCAAUGAUACUAUCACUGACUUGCCCAAGGUUCAGUUCAAGGAAGGAAGCUACAAGGUGGAUGAGUCAGAUGGGGAAGUGAGGGCCACCGUGUACCGCAGCGGAGACAUCAGCCUCAGAUCCUCAGUGCGAUGUUACACCCGCCAGGGCUCCGCUCAGGUCAUGAUGGACUACAACGAGAGGCCGAAUACUGACGCAUCGGUUGUUACCUUUCUACCAGGUGAGUCUGAGAAACCAUGUGUGGUGAGCCUGAUGGAUGACUCGGUCCACGAGGAAGAUGAGGAGCUACGUUUGGUUCUGGGAAGCCCCAAGAGCAAGUCUCCAUAUGGAGCCUCUAUAGGGGAGCAGAAGGAAGCACUGGUCACCAUCACAGACAAGAAAGACAAGCCCAUUAUCCGUUUUUCUGAGAUCAAGUACAGUGUGCGUGAGCCUCAAGUAAAAGGCGAUGUGGCAGUAGUGAAGAUUCCUGUUCUGCGAUUUGGGGACACAUCAAAGGUUUCUGUGGUGAGGGUGCACACAAAGGAUGGCUCUGCAACCUCUGGAGACGAUUAUAACCCACUAUCAGAGGAUUUGGUGUUCAAGGAAGGCGAGACGGAGCAUUUUGUGGAAAUUGAGAUCUUGUAUGAUGGUCAAAGGGAGAUGAGAGAAGCUUUUACAGUCCACAUGAAGCCUGAUGACAACAUGGUUGCGGAAAUACAGAUGAACAAGGCUAUUGUGUACAUAGAGGAAAUGGACAGCGUAGCAGAUGUUACCUUUCCAGCGGUUCCCGAAGUGGUGUCCCUGCUCAUGUAUGAUGACACAGCUAAAACCAAAGACAGGCCCUACCCCCCCAAUGGAUACCCUGUUGUGUGUGUGACUGCCUGCAACCCAAAAUAUCACGACUUUGAUAAAACAGGUUCAAUCUGUUCAGCGGAGAACAUCAACGAUACUCUAACCCAGUACCGGUGGCUGGUGAGCGCUCCCACUGGAUCCGAUGGAGUGACCAGUCCAAUGAGGGAGGUGGAUACAAACACCUUCUUCACCAACACCAAGUCAAUAACGUUAGAUUCAAUCUACUUCCAAGCUGGUUCCCGGGUUCAGUGUGCAGCAAGAGCCUUCAACGCCAAUGGAGAUGCUGGUCUGGAACUAUCCAGUACCAUUGUUGUGAUCAGCAAAGAUGAGGGAAUGUGUCAGCCUCGCAUCCCAGGUACUGUUGGAGCCGAACCUUUCUCUGCUAAGAUCCGCUACACAGGUCCAGAUGAUCCAGACUUUCCAAACCUUAUCAAACUGACCAUCAACAUGCCUCACAUGGACGGUAUGUUGCCGGUGAUCUCUACUAGACCUCUGUCAAACUUUGAGCUUACACUGAGCCCAGAUGGCACACGUGUGGGCAACCACCGCUGCUCCAACCUGCUGGACUUCAAUGAAAUCCAAACCGGCCACGGCUUCAUCACGGAUGCUACCAAAAACCCUGAAAUUAUUGGGGAGACUUCACCCUACCAGUACAACCCCAUCAUGCGGUCAACCAAUUCCCUCCGCUUUUACAGAAACCUCAACUUAGAGGCCUGCCUCUGGGAGUUCAACAGCUACUACGACAUGUCAGAGCUGCUAAAUGACUGCGGAGGUUCUAUAGGCACUGAUGGACAGGUGCUGAAUCUGGUCCAGUCCUACGUUACCCUGCGUGUCCCUCUGUUUGUGUCCUAUGUCUUCCACUCUCCUGUGGCUGUGGGAGGCUGGCAGCACUUUGACCUGCAGUCAGAGCUCAAACUCACCUUUGUGUAUGACACAGCUAUUCUGUGGCAGGAUGGUAUUGGCAGUCCACCGGAGGCUGAACUGCAAGGAGCCAUGUAUCCCACCAGCAUGCGUAUCAAUGAGGAGGGCCGUCUCGUGGUCAACUUCAAGACCGAGGCCCGCUUCAGGGGACAGUUUGUUAUGUCUCAUCCAGGAACCAGCAUAGCUUCCAUGGUGAUAUGUGCUGACCACCCUGGGCUGACGUUUACGCUGACCCUGGUCAGGACUGAGCCCACCUAUAACCAGCCCAUGCAGCAGUGGACUUUUGUUUCGGACUUUGCAGUGCGAGACUAUUCUGGGACCUACACGGUGAAGUUGGUUCCCUGCAUUGCGUCUCCCAAUGGAGAGUUCAGCAUCCCUCCUGUGUGCCACCCCAGAGAGCCACUUACGUUUGACGUGGACAUCCGUUUCCAGCAGGUGAGUGACCCGGUGGCUGCGGAGUUCAGCCUCAACACACAGAUGUUGUUGCUAUCCAAGAAAGAGCUGUGGCUCUCUGAUGGCUCCAUGGGCUUCGGAGACGGGACUGAUGCUGCUUUCUCAGAAGGCUCCACAAUUUAUGGCCGAGUAAUGGUGGACCCAGUCCAGAACCUGGGGGAUUCCUUUGCAUGCAGCAUUGAGAAAGUUUUCCUCUGCACUGGAGCAGACGGCUACGUUCCCAAAUACAACCCCACUAAUAAGGAGUUUGGCUGUCUGGCAGAUGCACCAUCUCUUCUUUUCAGAUUCAAGAUUUUGGACAAAGCCCAGCCUGAGACUCAAGCCUCAGUCUUCGGUGAUGUUGCUUUUAAGGCAUCUUUGGCCCAAGACACCCCUGGAGCUCUUCCUCUGGUCAGACAACCAGGCUCAGAUGGCUUCACACUGUCUUCAUCUCCUCUGUUCCAAGUGGCUGCCGGUCGAGAAUGGUUCAUCCACACUAUAUACACCGUCCGCUCAAAAGAAAAUGCCAAUCGCAUCAUAGGCAAGCGCAGCGUGGAGUAUCUCCAUCACAGCGUCUCUUCUGUUGAGCAGCCCCACUCCUCCAACACGGGCACCCGCCGCCGCCGUGCGGCCCCCGUUUUCUCCGGUCCGGCUCUGUCCCAGGACAUAGGUAUAGAAAACAACCGUGGCACCAACAUCCAACACAUUGCUCUGGACCGAACAGACCGCAUGGUGGUCAGCCAGCGGCAGCCCUGGUCUCCCAAUCGUGGCGACCCCUUCCUGGAGCGCCCCCUGUUGGAGAGUUCAGGCCGAGAGCCAGCCGACAGCUCCUUCUUACCCAUGGUGGUGGGCAUCGCAGGUCUGCUCCUCCUCAUCUGCCUCAUCGCCAUUCUCGUUAUUCUUCUGUUGAGGCGCAAGAGGAAGGAAAAGAAGAAUAAAUUCCCUCCGUACAAUGCCUCCUCCUCUUCUGCUUACGCUAGCUACUGCCAAGGCCCGGCAGGUAUGUGGAGCAGCUCAGACAGCUCAGAGGUCUAA